AUGCUCCUAAGAUUUCGCACUUGUUUUUUUGCUGAUGAUUGUAUUAUUUUUGCUCGUGCUAACAUUGAUGAAGCUCUUUCUAUCAAAAAUUUGCUAUCCCAUUUUGAGUUUUUCUCGGGUCAACAAAUUAACCGGGAUAGGUGCGAGCUUUCUUUUAGUAAGAGCUUAGAGGGGUACCUUAGAAGACGUGUGAGUAGUUGUUUGGACAUUAAGGAGGUUCUUAGCCAUGACAAGUAUUUGGGUCUUCUGACGAAGUGUUUUAGAUCCAAAAACUUCUCUUUUGUCAACCUAAGGGAUCGCAUUUGGAAAAAGCUUCAGGGAUGGAAAGAAAAGCUUCUUUCUAAGGUGGGCAAGGAAGUGUUAAUUAAAGCGGUUACUCAAUCUAUUCCUACAUACGCUAUGAGUUGUUUUAAAGUUCCGGCUUCUUUUUGUAUUGAGGUCACUAGUAUCAUCAGAAAUUUCUGGUGUGGCACUUCUAAUUUUGAUCGUCGCUUUCCUUGGCGGGCUCGGAAAAGGUUUAUAGAUCGAAGGGUGAAGGAGGUUUAG